CUGCCGGAAGUGUCGCUGUGUGUUGCGCGCUUGGGCCUAAGAGGGGAGUGGGGCCUGCGCCCUGAAAGAUACCGCUAUGUCGAUCGAAAUCGAGUCCUCGGAUGUGAUCCGUCUUAUCAUGCAGUAUCUGAAGGAGAACAGUUUACAUCGGGCAUUAGCCACUUUACAGGAAGAAACAACUGUGUCUCUGAAUACCGUGGACAGCAUUGAGAGUUUUGUGGCUGACAUUAAUAGUGGACAUUGGGAUACUGUUUUACAGGCUAUACAGUCUCUGAAAUUACCAGAUAAAACCCUCAUUGACCUCUAUGAACAGGAUCCAGAUCAAGACUAG